CGAGCAACCGCUGGAGAAAGAGCAACGUCGCCAAAAAGAAGAAGAAAGACAGCUGCAAUUCAACGGAGCUAACUUGAGUGGCAUAUAUCAAUAAACAAGAUGUCUUCUGCGAAAGGAGUGUCGAUCGGGAUCGAUCUGGGAACCACCUACUCCUGCGUGGGUGUGUUUCAGCACGGAAAGGUGGAAAUCAUCGCCAACGACCAGGGCAACAGAACCACUCCCAGCUACGUGGCCUUCACGGACACAGAGAGGCUGAUUGGAGAUGCUGCCAAGAACCAGGUGGCCAUGAACCCCAACAACACCGUCUUUGACGCUAAGCGUCUGAUCGGCAGAAAGUUCGAAGAGCCCGUGGUGCAGUCGGAUAUGAAGCAUUGGCCUUUCAAGGUGAUCAAUGACGGAGGAAAGCCCAAAGUUCAAGUGGAGUACAAAGGAGAGAGCAAAGCCUUCUAUCCGGAAGAAAUCUCCUCUAUGGUGCUGGUGAAGAUGAAGGAGAUUGCCGAGGCCUACCUUGGCCAGAAGGUGUCGAAUGCAGUCAUCACCGUCCCCGCCUACUUCAACGACUCUCAGCGGCAGGCCACCAAGGACGCCGGCGUGAUUGCCGGGCUGAACGUGCUGAGGAUCAUCAACGAGCCCACGGCGGCCGCCAUCGCCUACGGCCUGGACAAAGGCAAGAGAGGUGAGCGCAACGUCCUGAUCUUUGACCUGGGCGGGGGCACCUUUGACGUGUCCAUCCUGACUAUCGAGGACGGCAUCUUUGAGGUGAAGGCCACGGCAGGUGACACUCACCUGGGUGGGGAGGACUUUGACAAUCGCAUGGUCAAUCACUUUGUGGAGGAGUUCAAGAGGAAAUACAAGAAAGACAUCAGCCAGAACAAGAGGGCGCUGAGGAGGCUGCGCACGGCAUGCGAGAGAGCCAAGAGAACCUUGUCCUCCAGCUCCCAGGCCAGCAUCGAGAUCGAUUCUCUCUUUGAAGGCAUCGACUUCUACACUUCCAUCACCCGGGCACGCUUUGAGGAAAUGAACUCCGAUCUCUUCAGGGGUACGCUAGAGCCUGUGGAGAAGGCCCUGAGAGAUGCCAAAAUGGACAAGUCGCAGAUCCACGAUAUUGUUCUGGUGGGAGGCUCCACCCGAAUCCCUAAGAUCCAGAAACUCCUGCAGGAUUUCUUCAACGGUAGGGAACUGAACAAGAGCAUCAACCCGGACGAAGCGGUGGCCUACGGGGCGGCUGUGCAGGCCGCCAUCCUCAUGGGCGAUACUUCUGACAACGUGCAGGACCUGCUGCUGCUGGACGUGGCGCCGCUGUCACUGGGUAUCGAGACGGCGGGAGGAGUCAUGACCACCCUCAUCAAGCGCAACACAACCAUUCCGACCAAGCAGACCCAGACCUUCUCAACCUACUCCGACAACCAGCCCGGGGUCUUGAUCCAGGUGUACGAAGGAGAAAGAGCCAUGACCAAAGACAACAACCUGCUGGGCAAGUUUGAGCUUUCGGGCAUUCCUCCGGCUCCGCGCGGUGUCCCCCAGAUCGAGGUGACCUUCGACAUUGACGCAAACGGCAUUCUCAACGUGUCGGCGGUGGACAAAAGCACGGGCAAAGAGAACAAGAUCACCAUCACCAACGACAAGGGUCGGCUGAGCAAAGAGGAAAUCGAGAGGAUGGUGCAGGAGGCUGACAAGUACAAAGCCGAGGACGACCUCCAGCGAGAGAAGAUUGCUGCCAAGAACACCUUGGAGUCCUAUGCCUUCAACAUGAAGAGUAGUGUGGAGGUUGAGAAAAUGAAGGGCAAGAUCGGUGAGGAUGAGAGGAAGAAGGUCAUUGACAAGUGCAACCAGGCCAUCUCCUGGCUGGAGAACAAUCAGCUGGCCGACAAGGAGGAAUACGAACAUCAACUGAAAGAGCUGGAGAAAGUGUGUAACCCUAUCAUCACCAAGCUGUACCAGGGAGGGAUGCCAACAGGAAGCUGUGGAGAGCAGGCCCGGUCCAGUGCGGGGUCCAACGCUCAAGGACCCACCAUUGAGGAGGUGGAUUAAAGGAAGUGAAAUCAUGAACAGUCUGUCACACACUAGACUUCUUUUCUCUUGCAGAUAUAUUUGCUAAAGAUGUUUUUCCUGGUUAAAACAGUUUAUUUUUUUUCCUUUUAUUGUAACACGGUUGCUCUGGUUUUACAUUGUUGUCAGCACUUGUUAAUGGAUAUGCCUUUUCAAAAGUGUUGUCAAAUAUUAUGACACCUUUUAGUUAACAUUUGAGGGGAAACAUUUCUUAAAGUUUCCAGAUGUGUAUUUUGUAAAAAUUAAAGUGUAAAUGUUGGUCUU